GACACAAUCACCCCGCGCAACGAGUUUGUAUAUUUACUCAACAUCAUACCGCAUUAUCUGCGGGAUUAAUAUUAUUGAACUCUUCAAAUUGACCCCUUACGACCGAAUAUACGCCAAUCCAUGAUUGUGGGACAGUGUGAUUCAUAAACUAUCCAGUCGCAGGGCUCGAGCGCGCAACAUAUUUAGAUUGACUACAGUCGUUCAAUAGCGUACAUAAAAUCACUCAAAUCUACAUCUAUUCUCUUGAGGGAAACAAGGACUGCCAUGCAGUCCACAACUGCAUCUGCGGACCUCCCUGUCCAGGAGAAGGCGUCCGUUCCAGCCACAACGAGCGUCGACAACGCGAAUGCCAAUGGUGCACCUCCCACUGCGGCCGCGACAACUGUGCCAUCGGGCGAUGGAGCUGUGAAGUUGACAGCCUUGGAAUUGAAAGCACAAAAGAAGGCAGAAAAGGCUGCGAAACGACAACAGGUGAUACAGAACAGACAAGGUGGGGCAGCACCAGGUGCGCCAGUUGGGCCAGCGGGAGCUAUCCUGUCGCCUCAAGGAAAUAAGGCUGCACCGAAGGGAGGGAAAGAAUCUGGCAAAGGGCAGCAUAAGCGCGCCCCGUCCACUGCUGGCGACUCGAAGAACGCAGCAGCUCGAUCAUCUCAACAACAGAAUAAUGCGCCAGCGGAACCCCCUGCGGAAGACAAGACCGUCGAACUGUUCCGUCACUUAUACAAGCCGAGGGCGAAGACAAUCGCUGGAGCAAAGGAUGUCCACCCGGCAGUCUUAUCUCUUGGGCAGCAAAUGAGCAACUAUGUUAUUUGCGGCAGCAAUGCGCGUCUUGUAGCAACAUUACGGGCGUUCAAGAGAGUUAUUAAUUCAUACACAACCCCUCCUGGAACCACCCUGACACGGCACAUGAGCACACACGUUCUGUCACCACAAAUCGAAUACCUGACCUCAUGUCGGCCCAUGUCAAUUUCCAUGGGAACCGCAAUCCGCUGGCUCAAGCUUAAGAUCGCAAAGGUCGACCCUGAUGAGCCGGAUGCCGAAGCCAAGGAGUCACUGUGCGCGGAUAUCGACGAGUAUAUCCGUGACCGUGUCACGCUCGCAGACGCUGUCAUCGCCAAGAGCGCAUCCAACCAAUGCAUCAAGGAUGGAGAUGUUAUCCUCACAUACGCCAAGAGCAGCGUUGUUCAACAGGCACUGGUACAGGCGCAUAGCGAUGGCCGUCGGUUUAGGGUGAUCGUUGUUGACUCGCGGCCAUUGUUCGAAGGCAAAGCACUAGCAAAGGCCCUUAUUAACUUUGGCUUGGAUGUCAAGUACUGCCUUAUGAACGGCGUCAGCCAUGUCAUGAAAGAGGUCACCAAAGUUCUCCUGGGUGCACAUGCCAUGAUGAGUAACGGUGUGCUCUACAGUCGGAUUGGCACGUCUCAAAUCGCCAUGGAAGCAAAGGAUUACGACGUCCCAGUUAUUGUGCUCUGUGAGAGCGUCAAGUGCACGGAGAGAGUUGCCUUGGACUCGAUCGUUUUCAACGAGGUGGCAGACCCAGACGAACUACUCAUACCCUCAACAAAGCCUCCGGCGGGAAUGUUACAUGGAUGGCGGGAUGUGAAGAACCUGCAGCUGCUAAAUCUACUGCACGAUGUGACUCCAGCGGACUAUAUCACCAUGAUUGUUACAGAGCUAGGCAUUGUACCACCAAGUUCAGUACCUGUCUUGCAACGUCUUGCCAACGAGGGUCAGUGAGAAAAAGGACUUUGGUUAUGCGGGUUGGUUUCGUCUGUACGAUACGGCGAUUGGGAUAGCAUUUGCCAGGACGUCCGACAAAACCUCCUCGUCUGGGAAGCAUUUGGAGAAGGCUUGCCUCCUCACUUGUAUUAAUGGAGAGCUAUAUCUUAAAUGGAUUGAAUAGACUCCUUUCCAUAUGAUAAGACGUGCAUUGAUUACUGUAGUGGGAAUAUUAUAGAAUCUGGCAAAAGGGCAAAGGAGGGCACGUGAUAACGAUAGAUUACCAAUGCCUUCCGAGGUUAAUGACGUCCUAAUGGCGAGCUUCGCUCCCAGAGUAAAUAGAAAU